CUGCUAGCUACUGUCUGCUGUACGCAUAGAUAUAUAUAUAAACACUAGAUGGCUCAUGGGAGAUUUUCCAGCGUAGCUCACCGGCCGCCAUCUUGCUACAGUCAACAGCUACUCUGGUACGCGCUAUGGUAGCUGUUGUAAGGUUUCCCAAAACCGGAGAGAGGAGGAGGCAGUGGGAACUCGCCCUAAGAAGGGACGGUUUUGUUUCCUCUGGCAGGACGCUGCUCUGCAGUGAGUACUUCAGGAGUGAGGACUUUGACAGGACGGGGCAGACUGUCCGGCUUAAAGAUGGUGUUGUGCCAACAGUAUUCAAUUUCCCAGCUCAUCUUCAAAGGCCGGAAGCAACAAGAAGCACAACCACUUCAAGAAGAGCGGAAGAUGAACCUCAGCCUAAUGUUGUGAGUAUUCUGAAUGUGGCCAAGACCAGAGAGAUGGUCAUUGAUUUCAGGAGGGUGAGGACGUCUCUUCUACCCCUGUGCAUUCUGGGAGAGGAUGUGGCUGUUGUGGAGGACUACAAAUACCUGGGAGUGCACUUAGACAACGGACUGAACUGGAGGAUCAACACUGAUGCUGUGCACAAGAAGGGGAUGAGCAGACUCUAUUUUCUGAGGAAGCUGAGAUACUUCCAUGUGUGCAGUAAGAUGCUGGAGAUCUUCUACCGGUCUGUUGUGGCCAGUGCCCUCUUCUUUGCUCCGGUCUGCUGGGGGGGCAGCAUCAGAGCCGGUGACACCAGCAGGAUCAAUAAACUAAUUAGGAAAGCUGGGUCUGUCAUCGGCAUCAAGCUGGACCCCUUUGAAGCUGUGGUGGAGAGGAGGACACUGAACAGGCUGUUGUCCAUCAUGGAUAACCCCACCCAUCCUCUCCACCUGCAGCUGGACAGUCAACGGAGCUCCUUCUCCAACAGACUGCUGCAGCUCCGCAGUGCCAUAACUCAACAAAUCACCUCUGGCUGGAAGAUAACUCUCUGCUCCAUAGUUUCUCUUGAAUAUAACCACGUUGUACAUUUUACACAUAUAUAAUCUAUUUAAUAUUUAACAUUAAUAUUCCA